GGCCGUGUGAGUGUGUGUGGGGGGGGGGGGAUGAAUAAUCUAAACACCAAACACCGAGGUCACAGUAAAAGUUAACGUCACGCUUGGCUUCGUUUUCUCUAGUAUGUAGGCAGAGGCAGUAGGUAAGUAGAGGCGCGACGUGGUGUAUGCUUGGAUACUGUUUGUUGUGGAACCUUAAAAGUAUUGAACCCUCGCUCCAUCCACAUGUAGAACACAAUAGCAAUGUGAGUGUUGCCACACCACCUCCACCACCACCUCCUUCACGGGUAAAACUUAAACAAUACUCAGCAUCGACCAGAUAAUUGAGGGUCGUGGAGGGCGAGGUCCGUCAUGACCCGAGCAUGGACAGGUGGACCAACAACUUCUACAAGCAGCAGAGUGGUGGUGUUGUGGCAGGUGAUGGUGUGGUAGAGAGCCGAGGCCACCAGGGCAGUCUCACAGCCAACAGCCGUCGGCGUCGCAGCAGCCAUGGCAGGAUAGAGGGCAGAAAGGUGGCACACCUGUGGGUCUUCCGCGUGGUGCACCUUACAGAGGUCACCCUCAAGUCAUUUGUUGAACGUCAAGGUAUCCAGGUUUUUAACGUGGAGCAAGUGUCGCACAGGGAGGCGGCAUACAAGUCCUUCUUGCUGACGGUAGAUGAGAGGGACGCCGUCACGCUGCUCCAGAGAACCUUCUGGCCUGGGCUGGUGGCAUGCAGACUGUGGCACGACAGAGGUGACGGACGGCGGGGUGAUGCUUUUAGCAGGAGGUCUGCCAGGGGCACCCGCACCGUCCUCGAAGCCCUUGAUAGCCAGGUUGGUGGUGGACAACAGAAGGGCAGGGACGGCUCCUUCCACACACACACCAACACUUACAGGUCGACGCGCUACGAAUCACCACCUUGUAAGGAAAGACACAGAACUAUCACUCAGGUUGGCUCAGGCUUGAAAAGUAACAAUAGAGAAAGAAAAUAUGAAGAGAAAAAAGGCAAAUACAAUAAUGGUUUGAGAAAAGAUAAUAAAAACAAUUCCGAUAAAGAGGGUAAAGGAGACAACAGUAAUAAACUAGUAGGUAUUUCGAAAUUAGGAAGCAAAACAAAGACUACUAUCGGAAAAAGUGAUAAGAGUGUAAAAAGUAAGGAGACUAAACCUAAGGACAACAAAGAGAAAGUAGAUAAAAAUAAAAUAAAAAGGAAGGAGAAACACAUAGGUGAAAAGGUUAGCAGGCGCAAUAAAGAACCAGAUAAAGGCGGUAAAACAGCUGGAUACAAAAAGAGAGAAGUUUCGCGAGUAUCUGACAGAGCCACAGAUCGAGGAGAUGUAAACAAAAGAUCUAAAGACAAACACAACGAGAAUAAGAAGCCACCAGAUGACAAAGACAAAAUGCAAGCAAAGUCAGCUGAACAUAAAGGAUAUAAGAGACAUGUUGGUGAUAAUGAAACAGUAGAUAAGCAAUAUGAUGAGAAAUAUACUCAUGAUGAACGUGGAAAUAUGCGAAAGAAGAUAGAUAAACAAAGAGGCUCAACUACCCAGCACGUAAAGGGAAAACAUUGGAACCAGGGUCCCGAGACGCAUGAUCACCCCCGUAAGGAUGGGUCAGUAAGAACGUCUAUGGACACACAUUACUCGAAGAACCCAAACAAAAGUGUAGUUCAAGAUACAACAGAUGUCAACAGUAUAGAAAAAGAAAAGACAGAGUAUCCUAACUGGGUGAUGUCGUUGAGCACUUUAUUGAUACUGUCGUCAGAGGAGGUGGUGUACAAGUUACUAGGCCCCGAUUAUGAUGAACUGCUCGGACAAGAAGAUAUAGCUGACGAUGAACUCUUCCUGGGAGUCAAAGUUUUAGCCCACUCAGCGCGGGCCAAGUCAAGCCAAGAUGACUUAAUACGACUCCUGAACAAGAUCUGGCAACCUCAUAUUAUCAACCUAAUCAAGACGUUCUCUGUGACGGUGGAGAGGAGAUACCCUGAGAGAGCUGAGAGAUACUUCUGGGAUCUGGCUGAGUUUUUAGAUCUUUGUAUUGUCAGUAGUGUGUUUAUUGAAGGUAUGUGUGGAUUACUUAGCACCUGUGUCUCGGAAGUGUUAGCGCUCAAUUAUAAAUCCUACGUCAGUGAUGAUUUAGUGAAGGUAUACAGGAGGAUGCAGGAGAAGUGUGGUAGAUUAUCUUGAGUCACUUCCAGAUUAUCUUGAGUCACUUCCAGAUUAUCUUGAAUCUGUGCUAGAUUAUCCUGAGUCAGUUUCAGAUAAUCUUGAGUCAGUGUCAGAUUAUCUCGAAUUAGUGCCUGGAAACAGCUUGUGUGUGAUCUGUGUCAACUACAUAUACAUACAUGCGUACAAUGAAAAACAAAAGUCGUGUCGUGAAAUUUGGUGAAAACAUAUGCCGAAGGGCUAAACUUUUGGUGCACCUUGCCUUGUGAUUGGGGGCUCUCAUAAUGUUUCACGAGUUAUAUUUUAUCUUCGGACAAAACCGCCACACGAAUUUUGUCUUCGAUUGUACAUACAUACUGUACAUACAUACAGGGUUCAGCAGGAUAUAGUUGUAUCAUUCAUAUAAGAACAUAAGAACAUAAGAAAGUGGGAUACUGCAGGGGGUCGACUGGCCCAUACAGGGCAGAUCCCUU